UAUUCGCAUUGUUACGUCCUAUAUAAGGCCUUACCUCGCCUCGACUCUUCUACUUUUACUUUUGUUUGUACGCGAUCGGGGUUUCUUUGAUCUGAUGUCGAAGCGUGGAGGCGGCGGUCGGCGAGGCGGCCGAGGCGAUUACCCCAGGGAGCAGCAUCCCAGCGUCGCUCCGGCGUACCCCACCGGCGGCGGGGGGCGGGGAGGUAGAGGUGGCCCGGGAGGCAACGGAAGGGGACGUGGCGCCGGCCGCGGUGGCGGUGGCGGUGGUGGUGGAGGGGCGCCGUCUGCGCCGCCUGCCAUGAUGAGCCAGCGCGCUCCUCCGCCCACCACGUCUUACUAUUCCCCUCCGGCUGAUGUCCCGUCAUCAUCGGCAGCUGCUGCCGCUGGGACUUCCUCGACGUCGCUGAGCCAGGAGCUGGAGCAACGGCUGACGAUUAGGGAUCCUGAACCUGCGGCUGCGGAGCCAGAGGCUACCCUGACUCAGUCGACGCCGGCGUCGAGCAAGGCGUUGAGGCCUCCGGCUCGGCCCGGAUUCGGGAAGGCGGGGGUGACGUGCAUCGUGAGGGCGAACCAUUUCCUCGUCGAGGUUGCAGAUAAGAGUAUCUGCCACUACGAUGUAGCAAUAUCACCCGAAUGUACAUCCAGGAUUACCAACAGAAGAAUAAUCACUGAGCUUGUUAGGAUGCAUAAGAAUGGAGUUUUAGGAAAUCGAUUGCCGGUUUACGAUGGACGGAAGAGCUUGUAUACUGCUGGACCUCUGCCUUUCACAGAUAAAGCUUUUGUGAUCAAAUUAGCUGAUGAAGAAAAGACGGACAAAACCAGGGAAAAGGAAUUCAAAGUGACAAUUAAGCUUGCUGGGCAAGCAGAUCUCGAUCAUCUGAGAAACUUUUUACAGGGCAGACAAAUGGAUGCUCCACAAGAGACUAUCCAAGCUCUUGAUAUUGUGCUCAGGGAGUCACCUUCAGCAAAUUAUGUCACCUCUUCGCGGUCAUUCUUUUCUCCCAUGUUUGGGCAUAAGUGUGAUAUAGGUGAGGGUUUGGAAUGCUGGAGGGGGUAUUUCCAGAGUCUUCGUCCAACGCAGAUGGGAUUAUCUUUGAACACAGAUAUCUCUGCGACCUCAUUCUAUAAGCCCGUGACUGUUGUGGAAUUUGUAGCAGAGUAUCUUAACAUCUAUGAUAUCAUGAGACCCUUGUCUGACCCAGAUCGUAUUAAGAUAAAGAAAGCUCUAAGAGGAAUAAAAGUUGAGGCCAUGCACAAUAGAAAUUGCCGCAGACGUUACAAAAUUACGGGGAUAACCUCAAUGCCCAUGAGUGAAAUAAUGUUUCCAGUUGAUGAAUCGGGAACAAAGUUAUCUGUGGUGCAAUAUUUUCGAGAUCGGUAUCAAUGUUCUCUGAAGCAUGUUUCAUGGCCUUGUCUACAAGCUGGCAGUGACGCCAGACCUACAUACUUGCCAAUGGAGGUCUGUAGAAUUAUAGAAGGACAAAGGUUUACAAAGAAGCUUAAUGAUCGACAGGUGACUAGCAUAUUGAAAGCAACAUGUCAACGGCCUCGAGAUCGGGAGAGGAGCAUCCUGGAGAUGGUCAGACUGAAUAAGUUCAAUGAUGACAAAUUUGUGAAGGAGUUUGGCAUUAGGAUUAAGAAUGAAUUUACUCCUGUUGAAGCUCGUGUGCUGCCACCACCUAGGCUGAAAUAUCAUGAGUCAGGGAGAGAGAAAUUGUGCAGUCCUAAUGUUGGUCAGUGGAACAUGAUCAAUAAGAGAAUGGUCAAUGGUGGCAAUGUAGAACACUGGACUUGCUUAAGUUUUUCACGUCUUCGUGGUGAUGAGAUCGACCGAUUCUGCGGUGGUCUUGUUAACAUGUGUAAUAACAUUGGCAUGGUUUUUAAUCCGAGACCUUUUGUUGACAUCUGGGCCGUUCACCCUGAUAGCAUGGAAACAGCUUUAAGAAAAGUUCACAGUCAGUCCUUAAAUUGCUUGGGAAAGAGUGGAAGACAUAUUCAAUUGUUAAUUAUUGUCUUGCCAGAAAAGAGUGGUCACUAUGGGAGAAUCAAGAGAAUAUGUGAAACUGAUCUUGGGAUUGUUUCACAAUGUUGUUUGCCAAAACAUGUGGCAAAAUGUAACAAUCAGUACUUGGAAAAUGUUGCUUUGAAAAUCAAUGUGAAGGUUGGAGGACGUAACACAGUGCUUGAGGAUGCCCUCCACUAUCGAAUUCCCUUUGUAACAGAUAAGCCAACAAUCAUAUUUGGGGCUGAUGUCACACAUCCAGCCCCAGGAGAAGAUGCCUCCUCAAUUGCUGCGGUUGUAGCAUCGAUAGAUUGGCCUGAAGUUACCAAGUAUAAAGGUUUAGUCUCUGCCCAACAAAACCGGGAAGAGAUGAUACAGGAUUUGUUUAAAGUUACACAGGAUCCACAGAAGGGCACCAUCUAUGGAGGCAUGAUUAGGGAACUACUGCUUUCUUUCUUUAGAGCUACUAAACAGAAGCCUCAUAGAAUCAUAUUCUACAGGGAUGGAGUGAGUGAAGGACAAUUUAGCCAGGUCCUGCUUCAUGAAAUGACUGCUAUCAGAAAGGCAUGUGCCUCUUUGGAAGAGGGUUACCUGCCCCCUACUACAUUUGUGGUAGUUCAAAAAAGGCACCACACACGGCUGUUUCCUGAAGUCCAUGGAAGCCGGGAUUUGACUGAUAGAAGUGGGAAUAUCUUACCAGGAACUGUGGUUGACAAAAUGAUCUGUCACCCCACGGAGUUUGAUUUCUUUCUCUGUAGCCAUGCUGGCAUACAGGGAACUAGCCGACCAACACACUAUCAUGUUCUUUUUGAUGAGAAUCAUUUUUCUGCUGACGAUCUACAGAGAUUAACCAACAAUCUGUGUUAUACUUAUGCUCGGUGCACUCGUUCUGUUUCGAUUGUUCCUCCCGCGUAUUAUGCACAUCUAGCAGCAUUUCGUGCACGCUAUUAUAUGGAGGGUGAGCUGUCCGAUGGAGGAUCAACGUCUGCUGGUGGGAGGAGUAGGAGCAAGAACACGUCAACUGAAGUGCGGCAACUUCCUUUAAUCAAGCAUAAUGUGCAGGAAGUCAUGUUCUAUUGUUGAUAGCUUCGUUUGGAUGGAUUUUGGUAUUGUCUAUGGGUUCUGUCAAUACUUAGAAUAGUACCAAGUUUGAUGUUUUGCCAUUUUGGGUAGAAAUGGGAUCAUGAAUAUGAUCAUUUUUAACCACAUCUACAUGGGUAUGAAGAUGACAUGCUUUUAGGCUUCCUCUCAGAUAUGGAAGUUUACGUCCGUAGUAGGCCAAUACUUGUAUGUACACUUCCACAUUUUAGAGGCUUUUGCUGCCUGUUGAUUUAUAUUCUCACUGGUAAUUGCUUUAACAGCCAAUUUGAUGUUCCGUUUGUUUUUAUA